CAGGGAGACAUCGGGGCCACCAAAGCAGCACCUUCUUUUUUUUUUUUUUUUUUUUUCUUUUUUUUUUUUUUCACUGUCUAAUCAUUUCGUCAUUACGGCAAAGGAAUAUAGACCAGCAGAUUACUAGACGCGUUUGAACUGGGCCUCUGUUUCGGUGGCGCACAAAGCAAUGUGGAGGAAAUAAGAAUCCUGCUACACUGAGAACCAGAGAUAAUAGAUAAUGGGCUGUGUGCAAUGCAAGGAUAAGGAAGCAACCAAACUCACUGACAACCAAGACACCAGCAUCUCCCAGGGAGCCGGCUACCGCUAUGGGGCUGACCCCACACCUCAGCAUUACCCUAGCUUCGGGGCCACCGCCAUCCCCAAUUACAACAACUUCCAUGCCCCUGUCGGACAGGGGUUGACCGUCUUUGGGGGGGUCACAACUUCCUCUCAUACCGGAACUCUUAGGACUCGUGGUGGGACAGGAGUCACCCUCUUUGUGGCACUUUAUGACUACGAGGCACGGACAGAAGAUGACCUCAGCUUCAGGAAAGGAGAAAGGUUCCAGAUUAUCAACAGCACUGAAGGGGACUGGUGGGAUGCUCGUUCGCUUACCACCGGUGGCAGCGGCUACAUUCCCAGUAAUUACGUGGCUCCAGUGGACUCAAUCCAGGCUGAGGACUGGUACUUUGGUAAACUGGGCCGUAAGGAUGCAGAGAGGCAGCUGCUGUCUACUGGCAACCCUCGAGGAACCUAUCUCAUCCGAGAGAGUGAAACCACUAAGGGGGCCUUCUCCUUGUCCAUACGAGACUGGGAUGAUGUGAAAGGUGACCAUGUCAAGCACUAUAAGAUACGUAAGCUGGACAGCGGUGGCUACUACAUCACCACCAGAGCUCAGUUUGAAACACUGCAGCAGCUGGUUCAGCACUACUCGGACCGAGCGGCUGGGCUCUGCUGUCGCUUGGUGGUUCCCUGCCACAAAGGAAUGCCUCGUCUCGCUGACCUGUCUGUCAAAACCAAAGAUGUGUGGGAAAUCCCGCGGGAGUCACUGCAGCUCAUCAAGCGGCUUGGGAACGGGCAGUUUGGGGAGGUUUGGAUGGAGAGUGCGGAUGGUUUGUGCUUUAAUUUAACGGGCGUGUGUGUGAACUACAUCCCUGACACUGUGGGCUUGAGUCAUGAUGCCUGGGAGAUCAGCAGAGAAGAGCUUGAGUUGGAAGUAAAGCUUGGGACAGGAUGUUUUGCUGAUGUGUUUUACGGAACAUGGAAUGGCACCACUAAAGUAGCAGUGAAGACUCUUAAGCCUGGCACCAUGUCCCCUGAGUCCUUCCUGGAGGAGGCUCAGAUCAUGAAGAAACUCCGCCACGACAAGCUGGUGCAGCUUUACGCUGUGGUUUCUGAGGAGCCCAUUUACAUCGUCACAGAGUACAUGGGCAAAGGAAGCCUGCUGGACUUCUUGAAGGAUGGAGAGGGACGUGGGUUGAAGCUGCCUAACCUGGUGGACAUGGCAGCACAGGUGGCAGCAGGCAUGGCCUACAUCGAGAGGAUGAACUACAUCCACAGAGACCUGCGCUCCGCCAACAUCCUGGUGGGAGACAGCCUGGUGUGCAAAAUCGCUGACUUCGGCCUGGCCAGGCUCAUAGAAGACAACGAAUACACCGCUCGGCAAGGUGCAAAGUUCCCUAUCAAGUGGACCGCCCCAGAGGCUGCGUUGUACGGGAAGUUCACCAUCAAAUCGGAUGUGUGGUCAUUUGGCAUUUUACUGACAGAGCUGGUCACCAAGGGUCGGGUGCCGUACCCAGGCAUGAACAACCGCGAGGUGCUUGAGCAGGUGGAGCGUGGCUACAGGAUGGCGUGCCCCCAGGACUGCCCCAUCUCACUGCACGAGCUGAUGCUGCAGUGCUGGAAGAAGGAUGCUGAGGAGCGGCCUACCUUCGAGUACCUGCAAGCAUUUUUGGAGGACUACUUCACAGCCACUGAGCCUCAGUACCAGCCUGGGGACAACCUCUAAACCACUCUCCUGCACCCUCGGGGUCGACCCAGAGCUGGGGAAAAAACAGUGCUGUUACAAAACUCUGGAGCUCUCCCUGCCAUGACUUAAUUUUAGGGAUGUCUACAGCCUCCUUAGCUCAAACUGAGCUUUUAAGUUCCACCACCAACCCCUGAACCACAAACCUCAGUCUCCGACACGUCCCUAGUGUCUGAACUCUGCAAAUGCGAAAAAAAAACAUGGGAAGUUGUGCAGGUGGGACGGAGGACAGACAGACUAAACUGAGGUUGUGAUAAGAAAAUGAAUACCCGUAUUCAAUGUAAAUAAGAAAGGCUUGUUUCGGUUGACUUGUUUGCUUCUGUUUGAGAUUUUAUUUUCUCCUGAAAAAAAAAAAAUAAUAAUAACUGCUAAAGACAAGGGAAGAGAACUAUGUCAGCACAGUUAAUCUGUAAAUGUAUUACACUGUAGCUCCACUAUUCUUUUCUAGAGAUUGAACUGAAAGCCUCAUGAUAUAUUUUUUUCUGGUUUUCCAAUACAUGUAAAAAAGAUGCACCCCAAGAUUUCUGCUUGAUUACUUUUUAGUUGGUAGUAUUGCAAAAGCUUCUGGAGAUGAGCAGGAGGCAGUCCUCCAUCAGCUUCCCUUUCUUUUACUGCACCCCCUAAAGCUUCUCCAGAGCAGUAAUUGUUAGGCAACUGCUGUAUGGAACAAGGUUCUUUUACAAAUGAUAAUAUAUCUCACAGCGUGUAAACAUCCUUCCAUGCUUCUAAAGAAUAUGUGGGUGGAAAUAUUUUUGUCUCUCUACCAUGAGUGGUUUUUUUAGCCUUCAGAAAGAAAUAAUGGAUACAUUUAAGAUGAGAGUAUGUAUGUCUACUUUAAGCAGUCACUCCUCGGCGUAGACAUUGGCUGUUUCUUUGUCUCCUGCCCAUCCUUCACUUGAGCCUGCAGCUGAACUUGGACCACCUCACCUCCUGAGUUAUUUUGCUUUUUGCAGAGUAUGUUUUUAUUCAACCUUUUUGAGAGUCGGUUGUACUGUAUGUUCAGCGGAGGCUCAGAGCCAAUUUAUGUUACAAUUCAGGAUAGAUAGAGAGAUCUGAAGAUUGCAGAUGGUUUCAUGGCCAAUGGAAAGUCCUCUUUUUUUCAGUUGUACAGUUAAAGGUUUCAAGUGUCGCUAACUUUCCUCCUUGAUAUGGUUUCAUCUUAAUUUUUUAACUUAACUUGGUUUGUUAUCUUGGUGUUUUGGCAUUCAACUCAGAAAAGAACAAUAAAUAUUUUACACUGUUUCCAACACA